GUAUAGAAUAAAGAAAGAAACACAUCCCCACACACACAAAUCAAAACAAACUCCAAUAAAUACUCCUUCAAAAUCGACUCCAACGAAGCUUCCUGGAAGCUCACUAUGGCCAUCACUUCUCUCGCACCAUUUAACCUCCUCUCCUUCUUCUCUCCUUCCCCUCAACCACACUCCCUUCCUUCUCUUCUCAACCCUUCACCAUAUUCUCUCUCUUUUUUCUUUUUCUUCCCUUUCUGGGUACUCAAUACCCACGAUGAAACUCAUCAAGGACAUCCCAAAAAAGUUCUUCAAAUCCAGGAAAAGCAGGUCAGUUUCAAGAUCUGACGAACCAUACUCUUUCAGCUCCGGUACGACGUCGUCUGAGUCGUCCGAAUCAUCAUCCUCGAACGACAAGUCCCAUGACGAACCAUACUCUUUCAGCUCCGGUACGGCGUCGUCUGAGUCGUCCGAAUCAUCAUCCUCGAACGACAAGUCCCAUGCCGGCUUGAAAUCCAACGGCUUAGCCACGCCGACUAGCGUUUUACCCUCUCCUUCACCGGUCCGCGAUGAAUGGCCGGAAAUAUCGGCCAACUUGUAUGUCGAGUUGGUAGAAGCUUUCAAGUUAUUUGACCGUGAUGGUGACGGAAAGAUAACAACUGUGGAGCUCAAGGCUUUGCUGAGUCGGGUGGGAGCCGAACAGCCGAGUGAGGAGGAGCUGACGAUGAUGUUGAGUGAAGUGGACCGCGAUGGGGAUGGGUGUGUUAGUUUGGAGGAGUUUAGCGCGAUCAGCUCGGCUUUUGGGCCACCUUCUUGUCGCUCGGAGCUCAAGGACGCGUUUGAUGUCUUUGACACUGACCACGACGGAAAGAUAACGGCGGAGGAACUUUUUAACGUGUUCAACGACAUAGGGGACGGGGGGUGCACGUUAGAGGACUGCCGGCGCAUGAUAAAAGGGGUCGACAAGAAUGGGGAUGGAUUCGUGUGCUUCGAGGACUUUACCCGUAUGAUGGAGCUGCAGAGAUGACUGGUGAAUCUUCAUCAAGAUCUCGCCAUGAUUAAGUCCUUUAAAUUUUAUUUUUUCUUUUGGCUUUGUUUUUGGGUAAUAUUUAUAGGGGUGUGUCUCUUUAAGGGUGGAGAUUAAGUAAAAAAAAAAGAAAAAUUUGGGUCGAUCACAACGAUUGGUCAAUUGGACGGCUAAGAUUGAUCCAUGUUGAAGUUGUUUGGAACUGCCGUACAUAUAUGAGAAAAAAAUCUUGUGUGGGAUUGGUGCAUAUGAAGUUAAAUUUUUAUCAUCAUUGUUGUAAUUUUUCUUUUCUAAUUUCCCUUUUAUCUUAUAUAAAAUAAUUGAUGCCGAUGAUUAAUGCUCUGUUUGGUAAAAAAA